AUGUCCAAGCCGAGGUACCCACUAUCCGCGAACCAGCUGGAGAGCCUUGUCGAAUACGUCCCUUCCACGGGCGAACCCUUCUCGAUCAUCUCCAAGGUCUCCUCACCCGCAGGCUCCGUGCUAACGCCCAUCACCUCGGCCACCAAAACCGACAUCAAAGCGUACUCGUCAGUCCAGGUGUCGAGAACCCAGCAUGUCGAGCUGAACUCAGCACUGCUCUACAUGAACCACUCCUGCGCGCCCUCGGUCGAAGUCGACACAUCCAAGAUGGAAGUGCGCGUCUCCCGACACCGCGACUUACGAGCCGGCGAUCACGUCACGUUCUUCUACCCCAGCUCCGAGUGGGACAUGGCGCGGCCCUUCGACUGCGAGUGCAAGAGCGAAGGCUGCUUGAAGCUGAUCAGCGGCGCUUCUAAUAUGGAUAUGCACAUGUUGAGGGAGCGAGGGUAUUUUCUGAACAAGCACAUACUUGAAUUGGUAGAAGAGCGAGGUGAGCUCAGGAACUAG